CAGGUGUUAUAAUUUCAAGGAAUGCUGUGAGCUAUUUGAAGACCAUCAUUCACAGAAACUUUUAUCUUGUGAUAAGUUUUUAAAACUACAAUGGCUUUGAAAAAAACAUCUAAGCUACUGAAGAAAUUAUUUUUUCACUGGAAACUGUGGAAGUUUAGCAUUAUUGUGUUAGUCUUUCUGGUAUUUUUAUUUUUAUUACAAAGAGAAGUGGGCAUUCAAGAUUUUAAAGAUGAAGCAGGAAUUGAGCCAGUGGUUGGAAAGAAAAGUCAUGUAUUAGGACUUGUGUUAAAUGCUAUGAACAAUAUCAAAGCUGCAAAGCCAAAAAUGCAGAUAAAAGCACCUGUUAGGCAAACUAAGAUUCCUGGAGAGAGACACUGUUUGCCAGGAUACUAUACUGCAGUGGAACUAAAACCCUUUCUAGAUCGACCCCUUCAAGAUCCUAAUGCUCCUGGAGCUUCUGGUAAAGCAUUUAAAACUAUCAACUUAAAUUCAGAAGAACAGAAAGAAAAACAGCGUGGAGAAGAAAAACACUGUUUCAAUGCAUUUGCAAGUGAUAGGAUUUCUUUACACCGAGAUCUUGGACCAGACACUCGACCUCCUGAAUGUAUUGAACAAAAGUUUAAGCGUUGCCCACCAUUGCCAACCACAAGCAUUGUAAUAGUUUUUCAUAAUGAAGCGUGGUCCACUCUGCUCAGAACUGUUCACAGUGUGAUGUAUACGUCUCCUGCCAUACUGCUAAAGGAGAUUAUUUUGGUGGAUGAUGCCAGUGUAGAUGAAUACUUGCAUGAUAAACUAGAUGAAUAUGUGAAACAAUUUCAAAUAGUUAAAGUAGUCCGUCAAAAGGAAAGAAAAGGUCUAAUCACUGCACGGUUGUUGGGAGCAUCAGUAGCAACAGGAGAGACCCUUACCUUUCUGGAUGCUCAUUGUGAAUGUUUUUAUGGCUGGUUAGAGCCAUUACUGGCAAGAAUAGCCGAGAACCCUGUCGCUGUUGUAAGCCCUGAUAUUGCUUCUAUAGAUCUCAAUACUUUUGAAUUUAGUAAACCAUCUCCUUAUGGGCAUAACCACAACAGAGGAAAUUUUGAUUGGAGUUUGUCAUUUGGAUGGGAGUCUCUUCCGAAACAUGAAAAUAAAAGAAGAAAAGAUGAAACCUAUCCAAUUAGAACACCUACUUUUGCUGGAGGUCUCUUUUCAAUAUCAAAAGACUACUUCGAACACAUUGGAAGCUAUGAUGAAGAAAUGGAAAUAUGGGGAGGUGAAAAUAUAGAAAUGUCUUUCAGAGUAUGGCAAUGUGGUGGACAGUUGGAGAUCAUGCCUUGCUCUGUUGUUGGCCAUGUCUUUCGCAGCAAGAGUCCUCAUACUUUCCCAAAAGGUACUCAGGUGAUCACACGUAAUCAAGUCCGCCUUGCAGAAGUCUGGAUGGAUGAAUAUAAAGAAAUAUUUUACCGAAGAAACACAGAGGCAGCAAAAAUUGUGAAACAAAAAACAUUUGGAGACAUCUCAAAAAGACUUGAAUUAAGGCAGCGUCUGCAGUGUAAAAAUUUUACCUGGUAUCUCAGUCAUGUUUAUCCAGAAGCAUAUGUUCCAGACUUGAAUCCUUUGUUUUCUGGAUAUUUAAAAAAUAUAGGUAACCGCAUGUGUCUGGAUGUUGGUGAAAAUAACCAUGGUGGCAAACCAUUGAUUAUGUAUUCUUGUCAUGGACUUGGAGGAAAUCAGUACUUUGAAUAUUCUGCACACCAUGAAAUUCGACAUAACAUUCAGAAGGAGCUUUGUCUGCAUGCUUCUAAAGGACCUGUGCAGCUUCGCGAAUGUAACUACAAAGGCCAGAAAACCUUUGCCAUUGGAGAAGAACAAUGGCUGCAUCAAAAGGAUCAAACUCUAUACAAUGCAGCACUACAUAUGUGCCUUACAGGAAACGGAGAGCAUCCGAGUUUGGCAUCCUGUAAUCCAUCAGACCCCUUCCAGAAGUGGAUCUUUGGCAAGAACAAUUAAGAUUUGAUAUUUAUAGGCCAGGCACAUUUUAUUAAAAGAAAAGAUGCAUUCUAAACGGUGAUCAUAUAUGUAUACUGCAUUUUUAAGUGAUGCAUACUUUAAAUGCAAAAUGUUUAAACAGGUUUUUUUCCCUCUUAUUUAAGUUGGAUAUAAAAUGUGUCAUCAGAGAUUUCCUAUGAGUCUGUUAUACCAAAGAUGAUUGAGAUCCCAAUUAAGAAAAAUGUUUACAAUAUUUCUAUGAUAAGACUUUAUAUGUUGACCACUGAUACAUGGAUCCUAGAGUCUUCUUUCACACUAGGGACUGUAUAUAU